AUGUCUUAAAUAAGCAACAUCCUUGCUGAAAAGUUGAGCUUUUCAAAUAAUAUAAAAUUAUAAUAAGUGCUAAAUACCUAACAAUUUUAACUUGCUGAAACCAUUAACUGUAACAAAUAAAACCAACCCUUUAUGACAGAUUUUUCGGACCCUAACUAGCUCGUUAUUCAAUCCAAUAAAUACAUGCUAGAGAAAAAUUAUUCAGAAAUUAACUUCAGCACUAUUAAAUCUACUGUGAUUUAUAUAGACGAAAACAGUAUUUUAGACGUCAUGUUUUGGAGUCAUCAUUUCUCCAAGCUUCCCAAUCUCAGAACACUAACUCUCAGCAUUGUAGAGUUACCCAGAGAGGAGAAUUAUGAUUUCUAUUUGAAUUAAAAUCAGCUACACUCCCUUGAAAUAAUCAAAUUCGCCAAAUCACUCUCUCAUCUUACUAGCUUACAGUCUUUUUAGAUCUCGUUUGAAAAUAUAGUUGUCACAACCGCUAUUUGGUUAAGUUUCUGGGAUUCCAUUCGCCACCUCACAUAACUCAAGACUUUCGCCAUCUCUUUGACUAAUGUUUACUGCUUGCAAAAGAAAUAACUUCAUCCGAUUGCAAAUUCUGUUUCUAGUUUACAAAAUCUAGAAUCUUUAUACAUAAAUUUGAAGAAUUUGGGAAACAAUUUUAAUCCCAUUCUUGGGUGCUUUUCAUAACUUGCCUAUGUUAAAAAUCUUAAUAUUCAAAUCAUAGACUAAGAAUUUUCUCUCGAUAAGAAUCUAGCUGACUUAAUUUUUAGAAUGAAAGAACUUGAAAGCUUAAAAAUAUACUUGGAUUUAAACAUUUAGAGCGAGUCUUUUGAAUAUCUUGGAAACUGUAUAGGAAAAUAAAAUGAGUUAAAAGUUCUAAACUUACAAAUAGGUUUUGAAAAUACUUAGAUAAAUUUGAAGAACUGCUUGUACUUCUUCAAAGAAAUAAACAAAAUAAGCUACUUACAAUUCUUUGACUUCAAUUUCUUCCAAUAUAAACAAGAAAUGGUAGAAGCAAUAGAUGAAGAUGAUGAAAACAGCAACUAAAAUACUGACACCUCCCAAUUACUCUAAUUAUCUUCUACUGAACUAGAAGAACUCAAAAAAUAAAAGCAACAAGCUCUUUAAUUCUCAAAAGAAUUAAACGAACUUGUGAAAUAAAAAAUCAUUGUCAACCAAAAAGUUAAAAACAUGAUUUAUAAACAAACCCAAUAAAAAAUCUAUAGAAAAGAAAUAAUCAGCGAAUCAUCCUUACUUUCCUGUCUAGAAAAGAAAUGA